AUGGAGGCUGCUUUGAAGCAGCAGAUGAUCCAGAAUCGCCAGCUGAGUGAUUACCUUCAGGAGCUCAGCACCUCCGCGUCCCCUUUCGUUCAGUUCGUCCAAUCGAUGUACGACCGCUUGCGCGUUUGCUAUGAAGACGAGGUCAAGCGGUCCGAAGCUUAUCAAGGGUCGUUGGACGACCGAGUCGACCAGACCGUCUUGAUCGAACAUCUGAAAUGUCGAAUUCUCCGGACUGUGCGAGUACGUCUUGCCGCACAUGAGAAAGCCGAUCGUGAGAUCUCCAGGAUAUGCAAGCAGUUGGAAGAGGCGGGAGAGCGGUUGGCGGAUGAAUGCGACAACUUGUCCCACAGCCUGGACAAGGCCAACAGCAACAAGUCGAAGUACAAAAAAACGGCCUCCAACUCCAAGAGAAGCUGCGUCGUGCACUCAAACAAGUAG